AUGUCAGGAAGAGGUAAGGGCGGCAAAGGUUUGGGAAAGGGCGGCGCAAAGCGCCACCGCAAGGUUCUGAGGGAUAACAUUCAGGGAAUAACUAAGCCGGCAAUUCGCCGCUUGGCUCGUAGAGGUGGAGUUAAGCGCAUCAGUGGACUAAUUUAUGAGGAGACCCGUGGAGUGCUCAAGAUUUUCCUUGAAAAUGUAAUCCGUGAUGCUGUUACCUACACUGAGCAUGCCCGCCGUAAGACUGUUACCGCAAUGGAUGUUGUAUAUGCACUCAAGAGGCAGGGCCGAACCCUCUAUGGAUUUGGUGGUUAG